AUGAUUCGACUGAUCAAGACGUCCGAUCUGUCCCAGCAUGUAUUCGAGGGGAGAUCUGUCCCUGGGUAUGUCAUUCUUUCCCAUCGGUGGGAAGAGGGGGAAAUAUCUCUGGGGGAACUGCAGGGUAAUCUCAACCUCCACAAACAAGGCUGGUUGAAGCUUCAGCGUUUCUGCCAAUUUGCCGAAACAAGAGGCCACCGCUUUGUCUGGAUAGACACCUGCUGCAUCGACAAGACUAGCAGCGCCGAGCUCCAAGAAGCCAUCAAUUCCAUGUUCAGAUGGUAUCGACGGGCAGAGUGCUGCUACGUAUACCUAUGCGACGUGCCGGCUAGAGAUGAUCUCGAUCUGCCCGAAUGGACAAAGAUCUUCAAAGCUAGCAAGUGGUUCACUCGUGGAUGGACUCUCCAAGAGCUCCUCGCUCCCCACAGACUGACCUUCGUAUGCUCGGAUUGGAAAGAAGAGAUUGGUUCAAGACAGUCGUUGAGCCACGAAGUGAGUGAAGUCACCAGAAUUCCUGAGAAGCCUCUUGUCCAGGGCUGGUCUCUGAAGGAUGAUUUUGGAGGUGCAGAAUUCACCGUCGCCCAGAUUAUGUCUUGGGCAUCCAAACGCUCUACUACACGCGUCGAAGAUACGGCGUAUUCAAUGAUGGGUCUUUUCCACAUCAACAUGCCUUUGCUGUACGGAGAAGGGUCGAAUGCUUUUAUCCGGUUACAGCUGGAGAUCAUGAGCAAAUACGACGAUAACAGUUUGUUUGCGUGGGGCAUUCCCCUCAGAGAUCGGCAUUUUGAGUCCAAUAGUGCUCUGAACCGAGCUCUCGACAUCCCAGAAGCAUACUGGUGGGGUGGUCUCCUUGCCCCUGCAAUCCAUUGUUUUGAAGAUUGCGCAGGCCACUUCCACCAUCUUGAGAGGUACGAAGAUGCACGAUUGUUCUCAAUGACCAGCAAGGGAAUUCAAGUGGAAGGACUCCUAAGAAGGUAUGAAAAAGCCCGCUACGGAGGUAGCCAUUGGCUUCUACCUCUCAACUGUGGCCGGGAGGCUCAUCUGAAGCAUCGACUCGGGAUUGUACUAGCGGGAGAUGGUCAACUUGCCAUGAGGGUGGUAAAUGUGCAAAGCGUUGAGCCUGGCUUGGUGGAAUGUCAUUGGGACGCGGAAAGAGAAUUGAAGGCCGAAUAUGAGUACCGCAGGGUUUUUGUCCCACAAGCCUGGCCAGGCGAUUUCGACUAA